AUGUUAGGUGAUAAUACAACUAAUUUUGAAGUUCAGAAAAUUACUGAAAUAUCGUUUCGUUCGGAUUGGUGGGAACAUAAUCCAGGAACAGGAGCAAAUCUCGUUUGGAUGCUUCAAAUAGAAUUAUAUCGAUCUUUAGCAACAAAUAAUAGAACUGGUAUUGAACAAGGUUUUACACGCAUGUGGCAAGAUAUUGUUGUUUCACCAUUAGGUGGGCAAGGAAUACAAAAUGAUUGGUCCUAUCAUUUUCAAAGAACACAAUUAUUAUCAGGUGCCUAUAUGGACAAGAUUGGACUUUCGCUAUGUUUAUAUUUAUUUUAUGCACAAGAACUAUUCAAUAUGAACUAA